AUGAGGGAGGUUUUUGAGUUCUGUGAUUCUAGAAAGGAUCUCUGCACCCGUUUAAUCCAUGACUUGUUCCAAGGCCUGCGUAAUACAGGCAUACAGUCAAUGAAAGGCGGGAAUUCUCUGCUCUUUGGAGCGGGGCUAAUACCUACAGACAUGAGGUGCCGCGACUUUCUGGAGCAGGAAGAAACUCUGCAUAUCUUGGCCAUCGAAGAAGCCAAGGGUCUCGACCAGCUCGAACCAUAUCUGGAGAUUUUCCGGCACUGCUUAGUUGGUGGCCUCAUGCCGAGCCAGCUUCCCUCUGGGGAAAUGGCCACUAUGGUCUGGACGUUGCACUGUCGCGUACUCGUACCCUGGGGAAAAGUAAACGUUUUGAGGCUAUCUGAGCAACAAUUCGGGAUGCCUACCCCGUACAGUCUUUCUCCAUUCCGCGAGCGACAAGGCAUGACUCAUCGCCUCCUUGCUGGUGCAAGCAACCUUGGGGCCCGUCAUCCGUUCGACAUCCCUGCAGCGGUCGAGCUGGGUUCCCCCACAGCCGCUGUUGGUCGGACCAGCAACUUUGUUCCGCCACCAUCGCUUUUUUUUGGGCCAAUGCAUGCACCCUCCUCACCCACUGCAGCCCUGUACGGUGGUUGUUUUGCCAACGCAACUGAACAAGAGCACUGCUCUUCUGAACUUUGA